CGCAUUAUUCACGCGCAAACACGACAGCAAAAAAAAAAAAAAAAACUUUUUUCCUCUCGCCGGGAUUUUUUUUAGUAUCUCCGGUGGAGGAAAAUGACUCCGGCAAUCCAAGCUCCUCUCUUGCCGAAGAAUAAGCAGGAGAGAUCGCCGGAGAAGCACGGCUCGUCCGCCGCCGGAGUCGUGUUCAAUGUGUCGACGAGCAUCAUCGGAGCCGGAAUUAUGUCGAUGCCGGCGGCGUUCAAGGUCCUCGGAGUAAUCCCGGCUCUGUUGAUGAUCGCGAUCAUAGCAUUUCUCGCGAAUGUAUCCGUAGGGUUUCUGAUGAAAUUCACCAUCGCUGGCGAGGCCACGACUUACGCCGGCGUCAUGAAGGAGUCGUUCGGAAAGGCGGGCUCAGUCGCUGUGCAGGUCGCUACGAUGGGGGCUACAUUUGGGUGUCAGAUUAUUUUUUCGAUUAUUAUAGGCGAUGUUCUGUCGGGGAAUGAAAAUGGCGGAUCCGUACAUCUGGGGAUUCUGCAACAAUGGUUUGGCUCUCAUUGGUGGAACACGCGGAUUUUCGCUGUGUUCUUCGUUUUCGUCUUCGUCUUGCUUCCCUUGGUCUUGUGUCGGCGCGUGGAGAAACUGGCAAUCAGUUCUGCGAUAUCUGUCCUGCUCGCUGUGUUAUUCGUCAUCAUAAGCGCCGUAUUGGCGAUUUCAGCUCUGGUGCAAGGGAAAACGAAGAAUCCAAGAUUGUUCCCAGAACUGGACGAGGGAGGAUCAUUCUUCAAUCUCUUCACUGCUGUCCCGGUUAUUGUAACAGCUUUCACGUUUCAUUUCAAUGUUCAUCCGAUCGGAUUUGAGCUGAGUGACCCAUUAGACGUGAUUCCACCGGUUAGAAUCUCUCUGGUCUUGUGCUCUGUGAUCUACUUCGCCACUGGUCUCUUUGGAUACCUUCUCUUUGGGGAGGCCACAAUGUCAGACAUUCUUGUGAACUUCGACCAGAGCUCCGAUUCCUCCAUUGGUUCAUUCCUCAAUGACGUUGUCAGGCUCAGCUAUGCUCUUCAUCUCAUUCUCGUCUUUCCCCUCCUGAACUUCUCCCUGAGGGCUAACCUGGACGAGCUCUUGUUUCCCAACAAGCCGUCCUUGGCAAAAGACACGAAAAGAUUCCUUGGACUCACCCUCGCUCUACUGAUUUCGUGUUUCUUGGCAGCCAUAGCCAUACCUGAUAUAUGGUACUUCUUCCAGUUCAUUGGAUCCACAACCACAGUCUCCAUUGCAUUCAUUUUUCCCGCAGCAAUAGUCCUAAGGGACGUGCAUGGAUUGUCGACGUCGAGAGAGAAGAUCGUUGCUGCAAUAAUGCUUGUUCUUGCCGUUGCCACAAGCGUCAUUGCCAUUUCCUCAGAUAUAUACAGCUUCACCACAAAAUGAUCAGUAAAAUUUUCAUUAGUUCAUUGUUUGAUCUCCAUCAUUAGAGUCCGUAAGAUAGAUUACUUAGAAUUUAUUUAUAUCUUUGCGAAAUAGGUUUGCCAAAAGUGUAAUAUGAAAUGUGUGUUGAUAGGUAUAUGAUUGGCAAUAGAAAAAAAAACAUUUUUUCUUCAA